AUGGCCUUAGAAGAGAACAAGCACCUUCAUGCUGUGGUGGACAUGGGCAGCAAUGGCAUCCGCUUUUCAAUAUCAGAUCUCUCUCCCCCGACUUCAAGAAUAUUACCAACCGUAUUCCAAGACCGCGCAGCCAUCUCCCUUUAUGAUGCUCAAUUCAAGCUGGGGAGCAAUGUCCGAGAGCCCAUUCCACCAUCAGUCGUGGAUGAUGUCGUUCGCCGCCUGACACGGUUCAAACAGACGUGCGAGGAUUUUGGCGUGCCCGAAGGGAAUAUCACUGUACUCGCCACCGAAGCGACCAGGACAGCCAUCAAUUCCGAGGCCUUUCUGAGAGCAAUCAAAGGAAAGACUGACUGGGAUGUAAAGCUGCUAUCCAAGGAAGCAGAGGGCGAACUAGGCGCCUGGGGGGUUGCAAGCAGCUUGGCAUCCGUUGAAGGCCUAGUGAUGGACCUUGGAGGGGGAAGCGCGCAGCUUACAUGGAUGAUUGCGAAGGAUGGCAAGGUGAGAACUAGCGAUAAGGGAUCAAUCAGUUUUCCUUAUGGAGCAGCGGCAAUCACUAAACGGCUGGAAGAAUCUAAACUGGCAAAGAAUUUGGCGACUGAGGAGAUAUCCAAGGAGAUGAUCGCAAAGUUCAAGGCCGCAUUCGGUGAACUGGAUAUUCCGGAAGAACUUCUCGAGCGCGCUCGACAACGAGACGGGCUUGAUUUAUUCCUUAGUGGCGGAGGCUUUAGAGGUUGGGGCUACCUGCUUUUAAGUCGUUCCAAGCCAUUCCCCAUAUCAAAACCGUGCAUUUUUGCCAGGGUGGUGUGCGUGAAGGAUAUCUAUACAAGUCGCUAG